AUGGCACCCCGGGCAGAAUUCCUCACGCUCCGAAAUCUCUCGUCCACACCUCUAACGGUCACGUCUUUCGCGACCUUCCCAUUCGCAUCCAAGCAUACAGGGCCCUCCCCAAUAACGAUCAAGAAUCUCCAUAAUAUCGGGAACUUGACACACCAUCUUUCAAGUGCUUUGAGGACAAGUGGUGUUGCACCUGCUCCAGGUCCUACAAGCAUUGUUAUUGCAGAGAAUGCAAAGGCAUUCACAGAGAGUGCUGCGAAGCUUGUUGUUCUGCCGUUUGCGACUGUCAAAACUGACAUCAGAGUUACGCAUGGAGCUGGAGACGUUGUGAGGCUUGUUUUCGAGGUUCUUGAUGGCGGAAAGUUUAGAAUAGACCUAGACAGCAGCUCGAGCCCAUCUGUGAUCUGUCUAACCCCUUCCUCCUCCCACCGCUUCCACAGUGUUUUCCAUGGUUCCCACGCGCAUGUAGCUCUCCUCUCCACUGCUGCCCUGCAUAAAUGGCAGACACAACUCCAUGAUAGUGUCUCUCUCUGCUCUCUUUCAAUCCCCGGAACCCAUAAUUCCCCCACCUGCUACCGUGCACUCCCCUCUGUCCGCUGCCAGGCUGUCAGUAUCCGCACACAGCUUGAGCAUGGAAUCCGCUUCUUCGACAUUCGCUGUCAAGUCGAAAGCUCUGGGGAGCUUACUCUGGUUCAUGCUGCAUUCCCUAUAUCGCUGUCACUACCCGCAAAAAAGUUAAGCACGCUCCUGGAGAGGACAUAUCAAUUCCUGGAUCAGCAUCCGGGGGAGACCGUGAUCAUAUCACUCAAGCGCGAGGGGUGGGGUAGUGCGACUGAUGAAGUGUUUGCGCGCCAUCUCAGGGAGCGGUAUAUCGAACCCCAGGCGCACCGGUGGUGGUUGGACCAUACUCGAGUCCCGACCCUGGGGGAAGCGCGUGGGAAGUGCAUCCUGUUCCGACGGUUCUUAUCUGCCACUUGGGAAGCAGGCAUUAAUGCAGAGGACUGGGAAUACAAUUCCUACAAUACUUCAACACCGGGCGGGAUAUGCAGGGUUCAGGACUUCUGUGAGGUUUUGGAUACCCCGACCAUCGAGAAGAAGAUUGGAUAUAUUAGGGAGCACCUUGACCGUGCCGCGGUGCCGACAGAUGGGAAUCAGCUGUUUCUAAACUUCUUGUCAGGAUGUAACUUUUGGAAGGUGGGGUGCUGGCCAGAGAAUGUGGCGAGAAAGGUCAAUGUCGAGGUGAAGCGCCAUCUGGCGAUAGAUCAUGGCGGGGGUGGGACUUGUGGUGUUGUAGUAUGUGACUUUGUGGGCGAAAGAGGUGAAUGGGAUCUGGUGAGGUUGGUGGUAGCCAUGAACGGGUGGAUUAAGAAGAAUGAGGAUAGUGAAAAUGAGGUUUUAGCAGAGACACAAGCUUGA